AUGGCGACGGAGGAAUUCCAAAGCCCUCAACACCAUAAAAAUGUUGUUCACAGAGACAUUAUCAUCAGUCCUGGGUUCAGAUCUGUGGCUGCGAUGGCUGGUCGGGAUGUAGAAGCCUUAUUAGCAGCAUCACAAGUAGUUGAAGAUACACCUGAAAGAGAAUCAUUAGAAUCUCAGAAACGAACCAAUUUAGCAUCCAAAACUCCGCAAACUAAUUCAAGAAGGAUUCAAAGAUGUAGUCCUGUUACAAACCCUGCAUUAGUUCUUAACCUUGAUGAUGAUGAUGUUGAAGCAAGAGUUACAUGCCAUGACGGCCCCGUUGCUGGCAAAGAACCACAAAUUGAAUUUCUGAAAGAAGAGAGGAAACAAGAAAAUAAGGGCCGUACCGAGCCCAAAUCUGAGGAAAUGCCGCCUGCAAAUCUUCCUUGUAUGGAUAAAUUGAGGGAAGAAUUAUCUUGUGCUAUUUGCUUGGAGAUUUGCUGUGAACCAAGUACUACUCCUUGUGGUCACAGUUUUUGCAAGAAAUGUUUGAAAUCUGCAGCGGAUAAAUGCGGUAAAAAGUGCCCGAAAUGCAGACAACUGACUGGAAAUGGAAGAUCUUGUAUUGUGAAUACAAGUCUUUGGAACACAAUACAGCUUUUGUUUCCACAAGAAGUAGAAGCAAGAAAAGCUGUCGCGGCCAAAAACAGUCGAGAAGAAGUCAAGGAUCAGAGUAGUGUAGGAGAGGAUUCUAUUUCAAGAAGUCCGAGUGGUAGGACUAAUUCAAUGAUGAUGACAAAUCCAAGUAACAUUAGAGUGAGUUCUAGUUCAAGAAAUCAAAGUGGUAGGUCUAAUUUUAUGGAGAUGAAUAGAGUGGAUUCAGUAAGAUUGAGCAGCUCAGUGAGGAUUAGAAGAGCUAGGCCUAGUGAAGCAGAGGAUGCUGCAUUAGCUUUGAGAUGA